GUAUUCUUGGGCUUCCUGGUGGCUCAGCUGCUCUUAAUGUUGGAGUUUCUCAAGGACAGUACUUAGCACUGAUGUUUGGACAGAUGCAAAACACAGAGGAAUCAAUGAUGCAGAAGCCAAGGAAGCAUCCCUAUCAUUGCCAACGUACGUGGACAUGCAAAGAUAACCCCAAAUGUCCCAAAUGGCAUCAGACUGCUCUGAGACUGACCAGCGUUGCCAUGGUUACACUUGUUGCUACAGUGAUAGGACUAACCGUCUGGGUAAGUCACCUAAGAAUAUAUUCCUGCAGUGACAACCCUAGCGAGAGGUUCAGUAGUGAGAAUGGAACCAAAGACUGCAGCUGCAUGAAUCUUUCUCCCAGGAAGCAGCAGAACAGUACAAACUUCAUAAGAAACCCUAGCCAAAACUUAUGCCCUAAUGACUGGGUGCAGAAGAAAGGGAAAUGCUAUAACUUUUUCAAAACCUAUCAAUCAUGGAUCGAUAGCCAAAAAUUCUGUUCAACAAUGAAAUCACAUCUCUUGGUGAUCCAAGAUAAGGCUGAAUUGGAUUUCUUACAGAGCAAUAUACAAGAUGGAAUUUACUUUUGGAUCGGAUUGAACAUUUCUCAUCCACAAAAGAUGUGGACCUGGCUGGAUGGCACCCCAUUAAAUCUACAAUUGUCACCAGUGAAAUGUCAUUUGCAAGAAAAUACUUCUGUGACUAUUCUCCACUCCAGGCUAAAUUAUAAGGAUUUAAUAUAUAUUUUUAUAGUUCCGUGUGCUGAUCUUAAUCUUAACAUUCAGAACCUUUUUUUCCCCCAAACCAUUGUUUAAUUAUUCAUAUUUCUUCAUGUACUGUAAACUCUGUAAAGUGAAUGAUCUUCAUCAUUGUGCAAACAAGAUGCCUGAUUCGUAAUGGUAGAUAAUUUCUUUUUAUGUUGUCAACUAUGUAUUUGUGACAUGUUCCCCAGCAUCAUUUUUACUAGUUAGGUAGAGCUUCCCCUAGUUUUGAUAAACAAAACCUGCAUACAGAGAAAUAAAGUCACUGCUGUUUUUUCCUUUUUAAAUAAAUGUCAGUGUUAGAUUUACAGACUAAUAAAUAAAAAUUUCCAGGUU